UAAUAUUUAGGUGAUUGGAUUAUUAGACGUGUUCACACCUGCAAACACUAUGAAUAAUUUUAAUCAAUUGUAUAUGGUCACCCAUUUAAUGGGAGCUGACUUGAAUAAUAUCAUACGUACACAAAAAUUAUCUGAUGAUCAUGUCCAAUUUCUUGUUUACCAAAUUUUACGAGGUCUGAAGUAUAUCCAUUCUGCUGGUAUAAUCCAUAGAGAUUUAAAACCAUCAAAUAUUGGUGUAAAUGAAGAUUGCGAGCUAAAAAUAUUAGAUUUUGGGUUAGCACGGCCAACUGAAAGUGAAAUGACUGGUUAUGUGGCUACCAGAUGGUACAGAGCACCUGAGAUAAUGUUAAAUUGGAUGCAUUAUAAUCAGACAGUUGAUAUUUGGUCAGUAGGCUGUAUUAUGGCUGAACUUUUAACUGGAAGGACAUUAUUUCCUGGCACAGAUCAUGUGAAUCAUUUAAUGCGUGUAUUAGUUUUGUGUGGAAUGCCGUCCGAUGAAUAUUUAAAUAAAAUUAAAAGUUCGGAGGCAAAAAAAUAUAUACAGUCUUUACCAGUAAUGCCGAAAAAAGAUUUUGCUGAAGUAUUCAAAGGAGCUAAUCCAUUAGCAAUUAAACUAUUAGAAGAAAUGUUGGAAUUGGACGCUGAUAAAAGAAUGACUGCUGAAAAAGCACUUGCACAUCCGUAUCUGGCACAAUAUGCUGAUCCAUCUGAUGAACCAAAUUCACCUCCAUAUGAUCAAAGUUUUGAAGACAUGGAAUUAAAUGUAGAAAAAUGGAAAGAACUUGUUUGGGAAGAAGUUGUUAGUUAUGUUCCAUCCACACAAUUAGAAUCCCAAUAAGUUACUUCAACACAACUUUUAUGUCUUGCAUGAUUAUURUUGCAGACUAAUGUGAGAAGAAUGCUCAGCUUCAUUAAAGUUUUAUUAAUGUUUAUAAUUACAUUUGUAGAUUAAUAUUUUGAUUAUUGUUACUGUUAAAUAAAUUCA